ACCAGACUCUCCACAUUUCGUGGCAUUCGGGAAUGUGCCAACGAGUGAUUAAAUGAAAUAUUGGUCCACUCUACGCUGCUAUAUAGUAAAGGAUCAAUCGUCAUGAUCCUUUAACAUUAAUUUCUCACAGGCCAUCAAUACUCGCGUACUAUUCUGCUUUCGUGCUCUUCGUUGUAUCAACGCUUCAACCAUGUCCACCGGCGCCCGUCAACUCUCAACCACGGAAGGCUUUCUAUGUGGUGGUUUGGCAGCUUGUAUAGCUGUGACAGUAUCCAACCCUGCAGAGGUUGCCAAGACUCGGUUGCAGUUGCAAGGAGAGCUCGUCAAGGGCGGUGGUCUCAAGGUGUAUAACAAUGCUUUCGACGCAAUGAUAAAGACAUGGAGGAAUGAAGGUAUCCGCGGUAUGCAACGCGGACUAGGUGUCGCGUAUGCGUAUCAGAUCCCACUGAAUGGGUCUCGCCUAAGUUUCUAUGAGCCAUUCCGGCGGACUAUCAAUCGUGCAUUUGGUUGGUCGACUGCAGACCAAGUACCUAUUACAUCCUUGGUUGCUGGCGCAGCCAGCGGUGCUGUCGGAGCUAUAAUUGGAAAUCCCCUGUUUCUCGUCAAGGCGCGUAUGCAGGCAUAUUCGCCCGCUCUUCCUAUAGGCACACAACGUCAUUAUAAGAACUCUUUCAAUGCCCUGGCCACGAUCUGGCGGACCGAGGGUAUUCGUGGUUACUUCCGCGGAAUGGAUGCUGCUAUUCUUCGCACAGCAAUGGGCUCAUCUGUUCAACUACCGACAUAUAACUGGACUAAGAAUCAGCUUGUGAGACACGACAUUUUACCCGGUGACAGUGUGUGGACGUUCCUUGCGAGCAGCUCAGUUUCUGGUGUUUGCGUGUGCCUUGUCAUGCAGCCGGCUGAUACUGCACUCACGAGGAUGUACAAUCAACCCACCACGAAAUUACCCGAUGGGAGGGUCGUUGGAGCGCUCUACAAGAGUCCGAUAGAUUGCCUGUGGAAAACUGUCCAAACAGAGGGAGUUCUCGGCUGGUACAAAGGUUCUCUUGCUCACUUCUUGCGUAUCACCCCUCAUACGAUCAUAACGCUCACCAUGAAUGAUGUGAUACGCAAUAUAUAUAAAGAUCUUACCUGGGGUAGGUCCUAUGUAUAACGAUUGUUGCAUAGACGUGAGUGCCUAUACUUGGCGCUUGUUGGACAUAGAGUUCUCGGGCAACUUGCUGGUUCGUUGCAGCUCGUUCCAUAUACCUUAUCUUGCAAGACAAUAAUAGGAUGAGUGUUUUUCGCGCG